GAAAAAGCUGUGUCAGAGAAGAGAGAAGACAACAUUCCUCUCAAGGAAAGGAUAUCUAACCAACUUGUGAAGAAAGAAGUAGAAACAUUUUAUGCUGCUUUCCUUGUCUGGACAAUAGUCAUGUUGAUAAUGUCAUAUUAUCGCCUGGCUUCAGCACAUUUACCAUUGCUCUUCAUCAUCUUUCCACUGAUUAUACGAGUUGUUAUAUGGGACAAUGUAUUAACUGCAAAGACAAGUCAUGAAAAUGUUGGAGCGUUUUUGUUUAUGUAUCUCUUAGCUACACUAGUACCUGUUCAGUUCUGUAUGUAUUUGACAUUUGCUAUGUUUGACGUCUUUAUGCCUAUUAUGGGUCGAGCUGGAACACAAACACCCCCAGAUGUCUUUAUAAGUGUCCUGUGUGCCUUUGGAGUUGUGCUGUUGACUUCUUAUAUGGUUAGCACUGUGUAUGUUCUGGGAAACCUCAAGCUUCCAGCCAUAUUUCUUCUGUUUGUUACCACUGUAGGAAUGGUUAUAUCGCUCUCAGGACUGUCAUUUCCUUACUCAGCCAUCAAUCAGUGCCCUAAAAGGGUGUUCUUUCAGCACACAUCAAGAACAUUUUACAAUAAUGCUGGUGAAGUGGUUCAACAAGAUGCAGGUGCCUGGAUCACUCCACUAGACUAUCUUGGCAUACAGCCAUUCAGUGAUAUACCCAUGUUUAAAAAGGCUUUGCCUGCACCUCAGGACGGAGUUUAUGGAGGUUUUCCUUAUUACUUGCCAUUGAGGCAUCUUGUGCGAAAAUCUUGGUAUCUCCCUGGUCCUCCACCUCAAGUCAAAACAUCUCCAAUGGAAGUGAAAUUGCUACAUAGGAAGAAACAGGAUCAAGUUUACUCAUUUAAAUUCUCAAUAUCAGGUCCUGAUCACAUGGCUGUAUAUGUAUCACCUGCUAGUGACGUAGAUUUGCUGACCUCUUCCCUUGGUCCCCUUUUACCAAUUCAAGAUGGUGGAGACAGAGUUGUGUACUUUAUUUACUAUUCUCAUGGUACUGAUGUGGGGCCCUGGGAACUAUCGCUUGAGCUUCUGCCAAAAAGACACCUCCCGGCCAAGAGCAAUUUGUUGGACUUUGCUGUGGCAGCUCAUUAUAUUCACGGUAAAGAGUCAUCUUCACCUUUCCUCAAAGAAGUCAUUCAAGCUAUUCCAGACUGGAUUUUUGCUAAUGAUUGGGUGGACACAUACAAGAGCUGGUCUUACACUACAUAAUUCCCUGUAUUGCAAGAAUGCAUCAGUCCAAGACCUUCUAAACACUGCUAUGAAAUACUGAAAAACAAAAAUUUCAAGCCAGGAAUUUGAAGAAUUGCACCAGUUUGAAACAGUUCACAGGUUGAAAAUUAUCAUGAAGAUUUUUACAUUUUAGGGUGGAUGACCUCAAAAUUAUUUAUCAGGAUUAUAAGAAAAUUUGACAGGAAAAAAAUGGAUGUGAAAUAACACAUCAUCAGAAGAAGUCAGGCUGGUCAUACAUGAAUCCAAAAAAUUUUUAAAAUCACCUUAAUUAAUUUAUAACGAUUUUAUCUGGAAAUUAAGUUCCAAAUAAAACUAAGGAAUCAAGAAACAUAAAGUAAAGGAUUGUUUGCUAGCCUGUAGUCUGUCAGCAGACCCUCAGUAUAAUGAUCCCCUUUAAUGCCA